CAUGACAGUUAGUCGUGCGCGCAAGCACAUUGCGCACGCGUGUUUUAAAAAAUAUACAAGCGCAUGAAAUCGAAUUGUAAUUCGUAAUUGUGCCUUUGUUUAAAAAAAAAAAAAUUAAGUGAUUUCAUUAGAUUUAAGGGAAUAUGGCUUCGCAUGCCGUGUGGGGUGCAUUAGUGCUUCUAUUCGUCGCAUCCUCUACAUUUUCACUUACACUAGACGAAGAAGCAACAAAUGACGUCAUAGCCGCCGCUUCAGCCACCGAAGAUGGUGAAGUAGCUAUUAUAGUCCGAGGUCCGUACGGGGAUAACUUAGUCCGUGAGGAAUUGCUUCACGCGAAGAGCACAGAUGAUAACUCCGUCUCACUUUAUUACAAUAGUAAAAGUAAAAAGGUGUCAUUGGAAAGUCUGAACGGGAAUCACAUCAAGUCAGUUUCCUGGAGUUUGGGUUCUCAUUUUCAUGGCACAUUGAUUCUUAUCGUGACCCACUCCAGAAUAAAGUUGGCGGUGGGGUGCAAGCCGCUGCAUUGGCAUCCAAUGUCCGGUAGGCAUGACGUGCUAACACUCCUAGCGAACGAAAAGUUAAAAUUGUACCACGAAGAGAAUGCUCCAGUGGAGGUGUAUGACAGCGAAAAGACAGCGUUAGACGCCUUGAACUGCAACCACAGGGACCUUAAACCUCCGACCUUAUUGACAGUGGACUCUGAUGUGGAGGAAGUCAAAGAUUUUAUAAAACGCGAAGAGAGAAUGAAGAUGGAAGAUGAGAUGCAAGGGGACGAUCCGCGUAAUAACUAUAUAGAUCCUAACAUUUACGCCCCACUGCCUCUGCCACCAACGACACCUGGCUCACAAAGAGGAGACAUUCCUGCGACGGAUAUAGAAUCUUGCGAUGAUGAAGUGAUCCGUCAACUGAAACUUCUCCGUCAGACGAUUGAACUUCUGCGUCGUGAGCUUGCAGACCAAAAAGGGACUAUAGACGGACUCAGAAAUCAACUCCGAGCUUGUUGCAAUCGAGUCUCGCCACCUCCCAUAGAUAGAUGUUCCGGAUCUUCGUGCUAUCCUGGCGUGCAGUGUCGCAACACGGCGACAGGCAUCCAGUGCGGACCCUGUCCAUCAGGGAUGGAAGGUGAUGGAAGAACAUGCAGACCUAUAACUUGCAAUCGACGCCCAUGCUCUAAAAACGAAUAUUGCAUCGACACGGAACAAGGAUUUAGAUGCGAGCGGUGUCCAGGAAGACAGACCAGCGACGGACAAACAUGUCAAUCUGCCUGUAGCUCCAAUCCUUGCUUUGGAGGAAGAGUUCAAUGUCAAGAUUUACCGGAUGGUAGGUAUCGUUGUGGGUCUUGCCCCGCCGGUUAUACGGGGAAUGGGGAGCAGUGUGUCAGACUGUCCUGCCGUUCCAACACUUGCUUCCAAGGAGUUGAAUGCCAGGAGACGGCGUCAGGUCCACGGUGUGGACCGUGUCCCCGGGGAUACGACGGUGAUGGUGUUCGUUGUGCACACGUUUGCUCGCGUCGACCCUGCGGGGAGAGACGCUGCAGCCCCUCGAACAGCAGUCCCUACUACAUCUGCGAAGGUUGCCCCAAGGGCUACGAAUGGAACGGUUACACAUGCGUUGAUAUGGACGAGUGUGAUUUAAUACGUCCGUGUGACGAACUGGUGUCGUGUCGUAAUACGGAGGGAGGGUUCGAGUGUGGCGCAUGUCCGACAGGGUACAGGGGCAGUUCGGGAUGGAGCGGUGCUGGCCAGGAGAGACGGAAGGAGGGAUGCGUGGAUGUAGACGAGUGUGACCAAGACGUCUGUCCUCGGGGACGGCUGUGUGUCAACACACCUGGUUCGUUCACGUGCGUUCCCUGCGGCGGCCACUACUACGUGAACACGUCUCGGCCGUGCAUAGAGGCGGACUCCUUGCGGCGCUGCGACCCAGCCUUCUGCCGCUCUCAUAACGCCGUGUGUGGCUUCGGACAGGGCUGUGUGUGUGCGACGGGCUGGGCCGGUAAUGGUACUGUUUGCGGUGCGGACAGUGAUCUAGACGGAUAUCCGGAUCAACAGUUGCCUUGUACUGAAUUGCAAUGCACUGCUGAUAACUGUCCCCAUGUGUCCAACUCGGGACAGGAGGACGCAGAUAAGGACGGUAUCGGAGAUUCGUGCGAUCCUGAUGCUGAUGGUGACGGCAUACCGAAUGUACCGGACAAUUGUCCCUUGACACCUAAUCCAGAUCAGCUAGAUAGGGACGAGGAUCGCAGUGACAAACGUGGGGAUGCUUGUGACAAUUGUCCAAGAAGAUUUAACCCUGGACAAGAAGAUGCAGAUAACGAUGGACUCGGAAACGUCUGCGAUCCCGACAUGGAUAAUGAUGGUAUUCCCAACGACCACGACAAUUGUCCUCUCGUGUUCAACCCACAACAGGAAGAUAUGGAUGGAGAUGGUGUGGGUGAUCUGUGCGACAACUGUCCAAGAGUACGGAACCCCUCCCAGGAUGACUCCGACAAAGAUAACGUUGGUGACGCCUGUGACAGUGACGUGGAUAGAGACCAGGACGGCAUACAGGACGGUUUGGAUAAUUGUCCGAAUUUAGCGAACAGUGAUCAGCAAGAUGUUGAUAAUGAUGGCAAAGGAGACGCUUGUGAUGAUGAUAUAGACGGUGAUGGGAUCCCGAACCUCGAAGACAACUGUCCUUUGGUGUACAAUCCUGAUCAGGCUGACGCUAAUGGUGACGGUGUCGGGAACGUUUGCGACAACGACUUUGAUGGAGACAACAUCACUAACGCACUCGACAAUUGCCCGAAUAAUUCGAGGAUUUUUCGCACCGACUUCAGGAAGUAUAUGACGGUAAGGUUGGACCCAGAAGGUACCUCCCAGCAAGACCCACGCUGGCAGCUCGCACACGAGGGCGCUGAGAUCACUCAAACCCUCAACUCAGAUCCUGGACUGGCGGUCGGAUUCGACAGCUUCGGAGGAGUUGACUUUGAGGGCACCUUAUUUGUCGACUCGCACAUAGACGAUGACUACGUCGGCUUCAUAUUCGGCUACCAGAACAACAAGCGGUUUUAUGUGGUGAUGUGGAAGAAGAACAGCCAGACGUAUUGGCAGACGACGCCGUUCAGGGCGGUCGCGGAGCCCGGGAUACAGCUGAAGUUGGUGCACUCUAGCACUGGACCUGGGAAGAUACUGAGGAACGCGCUCUGGAACACGGAGUCUACUCCUGAUCAGGUGACACUUCUGUGGAAGGAUCCUCGAAACGUCGGCUGGCGAGAGAAGACCGCGUACCGCUGGCGUCUCAUACACAGACCCAAGAUAGGACUGAUUAGACUGAAGAUAUAUGAGAACAACAGUCUCGUGGCUGACUCCGGCAACGUUUACGACUUCACGCUUAAGGGUGGAAGGCUGGGAGUUUUCUGCUUUUCCCAGGAAAUGAUCAUUUGGUCCAACCUUGUGUACCGCUGUAACGAUAAAAUACCAACGAACAUAGUAUCAGAACUGCCACCAAGGCUCCUUAAAAAGUUGGAUAUAGACCACGACUUCGUUUAUUUGUAGUUUUAAUAUAACUAAUAAUCUGUUACUCAGUGCAGUACUAAGUACUAAGACAAACAGAAAAUAUCGUUUGGGCUAUUGUUAGUCUCAUAACAACAAAUAUAUAUCUAUCCAAAUAUUUCUAUAUAUUUAUUUUGUAUUGGUGCAUAUUAAAAAAAAUUUCUUACACAGAAAUUUACAUCGAUCUGAUUUUUAAUAUAAUAGAAUUAAUACAGCAAUUCACAUCCUGUCAAUUUGAACUUUUUUUUUAAAUUUUUUAAUACUCCAUUCAGCUAAAAAAGAAUAAUAUUUAUAUAUUGUCUCAAACUAAUUUUAUUCAACAUAUAUAUUACUCAGAAAAUCUUUGCCAGCAUUAUGUUAAUAUGUGUCAAAUAUCAAAUGUCAUAUUGUCAUGAAAAAUUAUGAGUCACCUUUUUGAUAUUAUCACAGACUAAACAGAUAAUUGUUUGUUAAUGACUACACUAAUUGUUUGCGCGUUUUACGGUGAAUAUGAAAACUAUUUUUCGCAAUCUCUAUUUUCAUCUUUCUGGUGUGAUUUCUUUAAAACAUUCUAAGGACUGUUGAAUGUUUGGAUGUUUCCAGUUGCUUACAGAAUAAUUACAAAUAUUGAUGUUGCUUCGUUUUUAUUAUAUAAGUUUAUUUUUGUUAAAAGAUUAUAAAUAUAAAUUAAUAAACGAUAAAAUAUUUUA